AUGCGUUUCCUUCUUCAUCCGAGCAUUCGAGCCGGCACGCACGGACGCGCCCUCUCCUCCGCCUUCGGGCUUCAGAUGACGCGUCGAGACCUCCUUACGCAUGCAAAUCGCUCACGUCGCAGGGAGGAAACAUUUGCUCGUCCGGUCCAAAUAAAAGUAGAGGCUCUUCGAGAGCCGAGGAACGGGGAAAAAGAAAUAGUCAACGCCUUCUUCGACGACGUCAUCGUCAUCGGACGAUCCGCCGAAGGAUCGAGCAUUGCCCUCCCCGCCUGUAGAUGUCAGCAGCAGCGGCUGCGAGGGAAUUCCUGCAUCCACGAAUUUCGCCAGAAUCUCAGCACGUCAUUGCACAAUAGCGCAUUAGAGGCGUGCGUCGAUUCCUGCACCGAACAGCGGACAGCUGAGACCCCGCACGCGAAGACGUUCUCAGGCCUUGCAGGCCCGCAAAGCGGCGAACCCGGCUACACCUCUACCCAGCGACUCCAGCAGCUGCCUUCGCAUCGCUCCGGGGGCCAUUCCCCGCCGGGCCGUCGAGGUGGUAGCAGUUUCGCUCGUGAAGUGAGUACCUUCUCCAACACGAACACACCGUCCACGUCAGCAGUCACCGUCCACGUCAGGAUGCCCACUCAGGAGCAAGUGGAGAUCGUGAUCGUCGGGGCCGGGCCGACGGGGUUAGGGGCGGCCAGGCGCCUCCUGCAGUUCAACAAGGCGUCGUGGCUCGUCGUCGAUGCCUCCCCCGAGGCGGGUGGCGUCGGGACGACCGACGUCACCCCCGAGGGAUUCUUGUUCGACGCCGGCACGCACGCCCUCUUCUCGCACUACAAGUACUUCGACGAAGUGCUCGACGAAGCCCUGCCGAAUCCCGAGGACUGGUACACGCACCAGCGCGCGUCGUACGUGCACUCCCGCCAGGCACUGGUCCCAUGCCCCUACGAGAACAACCUCGCCGCCCUCCCCAUCGAAGACCAGGUGGUCUGCCUCAGGGGGAUGAUCGACGCCUACCUCGAGUCGGCGCUGGCCCAGUCCAAGCCGAACAAUUUCGACGAGUGGAUUCUCCGCAUGACGGGUGAGGGUAUCGCUAAUUACUUUAUGCGUCCCUACAACUUCAAGUUUUGGGCCGUCCCUACCACUAUGAUGCAAUGGGAAUGGAUCGGUGACCGUGCUGCUGGCCCCGACCUUAAGCUGGCCGUCACCAACGUAUUGGAGAAAAAUAUCGCCGUGGAUCUGGGUCGUUACGGGAAAUUCCGUUUCCCCGCCCGAGACGGCAUCGGCGGAAUCUGGAAGGCCGUGACCAAGAUAUUCCCGCAGGGGAAAAUCCGAUUCGAUGCGAAAGUGGAGAAGAUCGACGCCAAGGAGAAGGUGUUGACGCUGAAGGACGGGUCGACGAUUGCCUACGAGAAGUUGAUAUCCACGUUGCCGGUCGACGACCUGGCCGUCACCAUCGGCGACGAGGAUUUGAUCGAGUUGAGCAAGGGUCUCCACUUCUCUUCCACGCACGUCGUCGGCAUCGGGAUCCGGGGCAAGCGCCCCGACCACAUCGACGAGAACAGUUGGCUGUACUUCCCCGAAGACGACACGCCCUUCUGCCACGCCACCGUCUUCUCCGACCUCUCGCCCCACAACCAGCCGGGCGCCGACGUCAAGCUGAGGACGAUCCGACGCGCGGACGGGGAGGAGACGGACGCCGAGACGGAGAAGGGAGGCCCUUACUGGUCGCUCCUGUUCGAAGUCUCGGAGUCGUCGCACAGGCCGGUGGACGUCGAGACCGUCGUCGCCGAUUCGAUCCGAGGCGCGGUGGAUGCGUCGCUGCUGGCCCCGGAGGACGAGAUCGUCUCGACCUUCCACCGUCGAUUCCACCGCGGCUACCCGACGCCCACGCUCUCCCGCGACGGCAUCCUCAAGGAGCUCCUGCCCAAGCUGCAGGCACUCGGCGUCUGGUCCCGCGGGCGGUUCGGAUCGUGGAAGUGCGAGGCCGGCAACCAGGACCAUUCCUUCAUGCUGGGCGUGGAAUGCGUGGAUCGGAUCGUCUACGGGUCGCCGGAACUCACCUUGCUCUACCCGAACCUGGUCAACUCCCGCGACAACUGCGAACGCACCCUGGCUCACAAGUUCGACGAAGACGGGCAACGAAUCUUCGACUGA